GCGGCCAAGUGGAGCUGACGCGUCUGGUUGUGGAGCGUCCGUGGACUCGAACAGUAGCAGCGGUGCGCUUUCCCUCCUCCAGAGCCGCACGCAUCCCGGGGAGCAGCCGCGCUGUGCACGCCUCGGACACCGGGGCGCGGAGGAUACUGCUUCUCCCUCCUCUUCUUCAUCUUCUCCCUCUUCUUCAUGAGCAUUUUGACUGAUUGAGAUAGACAUUUUCUGCAUUUCCCUCAUGGUCACCAACACCGAGCAGCCGGAGACAUGUGGAAUAAUCUGGGGAAAGUGCAGCGCGUCUCUCUAGUGUGUCUCCUCCUGACGCUGUGGGCCGAGGUGUCCCAGUCCACCGGUUACUUCGAGCUGCAGUUGAUCUCGGUGGAUAACCCCAGAGGUCAGCUCCAGAACGGCGACUGCUGCGACGCGGAGCAGAGCGCGGCCGACGGCCACUGCGGCGCGGACGAGUGCGACACCUACUUCCGAGUGUGUUUAAAGGAAUAUCAAAGUGAGGUCACGACCAACGGGCCGUGCACCUACGGCUCGGAAACUACUAAGGUUCUCGGUGGGAAUACUUUUCAGUUCAAGGGCGGCCAGAAGGGCGCACAGGGCCGGAGCAACGACGCGGGGAAGGUCGCCAUUCCAUUCCAGUUUGCGUGGCCGCGAGCGUACACUGUGAUCGUGGAGGCGUGGGACAGGGACAACGGAACACACAGCAAUGAUGACGAGCUGCUGAUCGAGCGCAGCAUCCACAAAGGAACCAUCAACCCCGGGGAGGAGAAGCAGACGGUGGAGUACAAGAGCCUGAUCUCCAGUCUGGAGUACACCGUCCGCGUGCGCUGCAACGAGAACUACUACGGCAGCAAGUGCAACAAAGUGUGUCGGCCCCGAGACGACUACUUCGGUCACUACGUGUGCGACCAGCUGGGGAACCGGGGCUGCAUGGAGGGCUGGACCGGGCCCGACUGCAAGACAGCCAUCUGCAAACAGGGAUGCAGCGUCCUGCAUGGGACGUGCAGCGUGCCGGGGGAAUGCAAGUGUAACUACGGCUGGCAGGGUCCGUACUGUGACGAGUGUCUGCCGUACCCCGGCUGUGUGCACGGGACCUGCACCGAGCCCUGGCAGUGCACCUGUGAGAAGAACUGGGGCGGCCUGCUCUGCGACAAAGAUCUGAACUACUGCGGGACCAACCGGCCCUGUAAGAACGGAGGCACGUGCAUGAACAAUGAGCCGAACGAGUACAGCUGCGCCUGUCCGGACGGAUACUCCGGCAAGAACUGCGAGAUCGCGGAACACGCCUGUGUGUCCAACCCCUGCGCCAACGGAGGGACGUGUCAUGAGGUCCCAUCAGGCUUUGAGUGUCACUGCCCAGCCGGCUGGUCCGGGCCGACCUGCGCUCAAGACACGGAUGAAUGUGCGUCCAGCCCCUGCGCUGAGGGCGGGACCUGCAUCGACCUGGAGAACGGCUUCAAGUGUCUCUGUCCACCCGAGUGGACGGGAAAGACCUGCCAGAUCGACGUUUAUGAGUGUGCUGGGAUCAAGCCUUGUCUCAAUGCUUACUCUUGCAAAAACUUGAUUGGUGGAUAUCACUGUGACUGCUUUCGUGGAUGGGUGGGCAAGAACUGUGACAUCAAUGUGAACAGCUGCCACGGACAGUGUGAGAAUGGAGGGACCUGCAAGGAGGCUGCCAGAGGCUACCAGUGCGUCUGCCAGUCGGGGUUCAUGGGCCGGCACUGUGAGGUUCAGAGGAACCGCUGUGCCAGCAGUCCGUGUCGGAACGGGGGCCGCUGCCACGCCCUGCUGGACGGCUUCAUGUGUGAAUGCCCUGCAGGCUUCGCCGGCACGACCUGUGAGGUGCAGAACGACCCGUGCAGCCCGAGCCCGUGUCACAACCAGGCCCAGUGCCACAGCGUGACGGGCGACUUCUACUGCAGCUGCCCCGACGACUACGAGGGCAAAACCUGCUCCGAGCUCAAGGACCACUGCAAGACCAACCAGUGUCAAGUGAUUGACAGCUGCACGGUCGCUGUGGCCACCAACGACACCCAGAAGCGGGUGUGGCACAUCUCGUCCAAUGUGUGCGGCCCCCACGGCCGCUGCAUCAGUCUGCCGGCCGGGAACUUCAGCUGCUCCUGUGAGCCCGGAUUCACCGGCACCUACUGCCACGAGAAUAUUAAUGACUGUGCGUCGUCCCCCUGUAAAAACGGAGGAACCUGCAUCGAUGGGAUCAACUCCUUCCAGUGCUUCUGCCCCAGCGGCUGGGAGGGCCGACUGUGUGAUGUCGAUGUGAACGAGUGCAACAGGAACCCGUGUCAGAACGGAGCCCAGUGCGUCGACCUGCUCAACGACUUCUACUGCAACUGUGUGGACAACUGGAAAGGAAAGACCUGCCACUCACGUGAGAGCCAGUGCGACUCCACCACCUGCAGCAACGGGGGGACGUGCUACGACCACGGAGACUCCUUCCUGUGCAGCUGCCCCUCGGGCUGGGGGGGCAGCACCUGCAACACAGCCAAGAACAGCACGUGUGACUCGGGCCCCUGUGAGAACGGGGGGACGUGCGUCGGCGGAGGAGACGUCUUCACGUGCAUCUGCAGGGACGGAUGGAAAGGACCCACCUGCGCUCAGAAUGUCGAUGACUGCAAUCCACAUCCCUGCUACAACGGCGGCAUCUGCGUGGACGGCGUGAACUGGUUUCGCUGCGAGUGCGCCCCCGGAUUCGCCGGACCGGACUGCCGCAUAAACAUAGAUGAGUGUCAGUCGUCUCCUUGUGCUGAAGGCUCCACCUGCAUGGACGAGAUCAACGCCUUCCGCUGCGUCUGUCCCCCGGGACACGCUGGACCUCGCUGUCAAGAGUUCAUCGGACUCGGGAAGUCGUGUCGUCACGCUGGGCUGCAGUUCCCUCACGGCAGCCGGUGGGAGGAGGAGUGCAACGCCUGCCAGUGUCUCGACGGACACGUUCGCUGUUCUAAGGUGAGGUGCGGCCGCCGGCCCUGCGUCCUCCCGAAGGCUCUUCCUCCCGCGGACGCCCCCCUUCCGUCCUGCCCCGGAGGUCACGAGUGUGUGGAGCAUCAGUUCCUCACGUGCUUCUCGCCGCCGUGCAACCAGUGGGGCGUGUGUUCGACGCCCGACCCCCCCACACCUCUGCACACCCAGUGCGAGCCCAACAGCGGCUACCUGGACAACAGCUGUGCUCGCAUCACGCUCAUCUUCAAAAAGGACAAAGUGCCGCCGGGCACCACUGUAGAGAACAUCUGCUCGGAGCUCAGAUACCUCCCUGUCACUCAGACGCUGGCUGAGGAGCGAGCGCUGCUCAUCCUCUGUGACCUGUCCUACUCCAACAGCGACGCCGUGGAGGUGGCCAUGUCCUUUGAGCAGGACGGGCGAUCCGAGGACAGCGACCGUGGACAGAUCCAAAAGGCCGCCAGCGCCAUCAUCAGUGCUCUGUCCAAACGCCAAAACAGCACCGUCAUGUUGGCCGUGGUGGAGGUCAAAGUGGAGACGCUGGUGAAAUCUCCUCCUGCUGGUUACCUGGUCCCGGUGCUGUGCGUGGUCUUCAGCCUCCUGUGGAUCUUCUGCAUCGUGGUCUGCGUCUGGUGGAACCGCAAGAGGAAGAAAGAGCGCGAGAGAGCGGCCCGAUCCGACAGGCCGGUCAACAACAAGCUGGAGACGCUGCCGAGCUACGCCCUCAAAGACAACCGCGACAAAGACAUUCAGUACGAGUGCAAGAAACUGAUGGGCCCCUCGGACAGGACGUGCGACGGGGCCGAGGGCGAGGAGGAGGGGGUGCACGAGGAGGACGAGCAGGAGGAAGACGAGGAGAGGGCGCUGGGCCUCGGGGACAAGUGUUUGUCUCAGAAAUGCUCCAUAGCGCAGGACAGGGGGAUGAAGGGAAAGGGCGGAGUCAUCUGCACGGCGCACAGCGCUCCGGUGAAGGCGCCGCACCGGACAGCGUACAGCCCCAAGGACAACCGGUGUAAAAACCUGAACGCCGCCAAGCUCAGCGAGGACAUUAAUGACCACUAUGUGUGAGACACAGGACUCGAACUGAGACGUCUUCAGUGUCUCUGACGUUUCAACUCUUAAAAACACCAAAAGUGAAGAUUACAGAUGCUUUCAUUUUUUAUUUUUGUUCGUCCAACAUUAUUUAACUUUGUCGUCUGCGGCGAAAAUACAGAAAAACAACCAAAAAAAAGAAAAGAAACGGAAAAUAAACAUCAACGCUUUUGGAUUUUCUGGAUUUCACUUUAACCACCGACGCUGUUGGAAUCAAGACUUUUCUCUUCACUGAUGAUUUUAUCUUUUCUCUGUUUGACUUCACGACGACUCUCGUGGAGAUUUAACUGAACGACAUCGGCCGGCAGCUGUUCACGUUGUUUCUACUGCUCGGUGCGUUGAGUUCCCGUCUGCCUUAGCCCAGAGCGCCGGGCCUUUUCUACACUGUCUUCACGUCUUUUUAUAAAAACAAAUAAUACUGGAAAAAAAAAAGGUUUUAUAUACGUUUUAGGUUUUUCGAAAAGGAGAAUCAGCUGUAUGAUAUUUGGCAUGAGACGUUUUCUGUUUACAUCCAUAAACAUCUUUUCCAUUUUGUGUUAAAGGUUCUUACCCUUUCAAAAUAAUUGUCACUGCUUCCUGCGAGUCAACGAGAUGAUUUUUCAGUAUUUGGUAGAAAAGUGCCUUGGUCCUGAUUUCCCUCCUCUUUCUCCUCCUGUGGACUUUUAGCAGAUUUUAAAUACGUAUAAAGGGAAAGACGUCCUCGUAACAGCUCUUCAUGCAACAGGUUAUUUUUCUUUGUGAUGUACAAAUGUAAAUAUGAACAAAUGGCUGUGUAUAUUUGAGUUUAGUAACUUAAGUGAUGCUUUGUAUCAUAGUUAUUCUAAAGAAUACGAUUUUUUUUUGUGGUUGUUUUUUUUCUAAUGAUGUCAUUCCGUUUGUGUCCGUCAGACAGAUGUCCUCCAGAUGUUCGGACUGUGUCCAGAGUCGGUUUGAAACUAAAACACAUUGUUCGUCAUGAUGUGUUGUGAUCAUUUGUUUCAGCUGUUAAUGAGACAAAGAGUGUGUUUGUAGUGGGGGGUGGAGUCAGAAACACCCCCCCCCCCACCUCAAAAAAGGUUAGGGUUAAAAAAAAACAGUCCUCUUCAUUUCAGAUUUAAAACCUAGUGCCACCGCACAACAGCUGUCUCACAUUAUUUAAAAAGCCCUUUUACACCUACAUACAAACCUGUAGUCUUAAGGGCCAAGAAACAAGAUUUUAAUAUUUAGAGCAAAAUAUAAUUCACGGUCCGAUCUUCAACCACAACUCUCCAAAAAGCAUCUAAACGUCCUCACAGGUUUUUAACACAGAGAAUUCUUUCAAAACACUUUUCAUGUUUGUAUGUCACAGGCUGUUUGUAUGUAUUUAAAUAUUAAAAACACUGUUAGCGUCCUGCCACAGCAGCAGCGCCUCCAGAACUCAACACAUACGAGUCACAUGUGUGCGUCAGCGUUUUUUCCUCAACUGUUCCUGUUCACUGACACAUUUUUUGUUUUUGUCCCUUUUGAAAUUGGGUUCCAGAUGUUUCGUCUUUAAUUUUAAACUGAAAACGACUAAAGCAACAACUGGUUCACUUCCAUGUUCCAACACUGUUCAGAGUCACGUGUCAACAUUUUACAUUCCCAGACAUAGGAUAUAAAUAUGGUGCGUCACAUGUCAGCUCCUUUUAUUCCCUCCCAUCUUUGUAACGGUUAAGUUUAGUUCAAAAGUCCAAUGUUUGAAAAAUGCAAGUUUUUAUUGGGGACUCCAAAUGGCACAAAGGAAAUAAAUCCUUUGUGGAACCAGCACUUGUGAUUCCUUCAGGUCACAGGUUCCAAACAUUUUAAACGUCAGUGACGGAAAUCAACCCCCCGAACCCAAGUGCCCUUAAGCAAGAUCGCAGUCCCAAUCUCAGACAAAGGGGGUGUGGUGUGAAUCUCCUGGCUGUGUUCUAGCCCCGCCUCUCCCCGUGUGUCGACCCUGGUGUAAUGAAGGGAACAAGUUGUUGUCUCUGUCGGUUGUUGUCGGUUGUUGUCCGGAGUUCGUAAAGAAUCUGUUUCUGUUUCUGACCGAAGAACAAACAGGAAAACUUCAGCAUUAAAAAAAGUGUCAUGAGUGUCUGAACGUCGUUUUCAAUAUGUCUAUGCCCCCCCCCCCCCCCCCGAGGCUGAAUGUGCAGAACAUUGUAAUUAUUUUGUAAAAUUUGGUCAAAGUCUUGGUUUGUUAGUGGAAUUUUUGUUUGUUCUUAGAACAAAUCCUAUUAUUUAUUAAAGUAUUUUAUACCAAA